AUGAUCCAGAUUGAUCGUCUGUACUCCACAGAUGACUUGUACAUGCUUCGGCAAGGUGAGGAUGAACCUCUUUGGGAGUAUGCAGCUCGCUUCAGCCACGAAUACUCUCGUUGCCCAGACACUGAUGAUCGCGUUGCCUUCAGUGCUUUCAAGAAUGGCCUUUACGAGUCUAAAUUUCGGUACCUGGUCCACAGCAACCCUUGGAACACAUAUGCUGAGCUAAUGAAGCAGAUAGCAGUUCACGCCAAGGCUGAGUACUUUAAUUCCAAGUGUGGCCCAACCACCCUGGCACGUAACACUUUUGUUGAUCCUCUACCAGCUUCAAUACCCACCCCAGUCCCAGCCUCCUUCCUGAGAACCCAAGUACCCAGCUACCUACGGUUCUGA